GCCUCACCAGCACUGACACAUUAAGCAAGGCUGAUGUGCAAGAACAACAUCAACCCUUGUGACUCCAGAGCUGUGCCAGGAGUACCGGCCCUCCUCCUUUGGGAACGCGCUCUUUGUGCUGAACGUGCAACCUUGCUCUCCUCUGGAUUGAGCUGCACUCAUGGCCCAGCCUUUCUGCUGGUUUCCGCUCCUUCAAUCUUUAUCAGCACGAGUUUCUCUCCACGCUGCUGAUAGAACAGCCCAAAACACCAGCCGAAAGGGUGAACGCCGAGGAUGGAGCCCUCAACUUGCCAGGACCCCUCUUGCUUGCACAUGAUUUCCUGCAGCAGGACCCUCCUUUGCAUUUUCCCCUUGUCUGUACGCUGUGAACAUCUCCACUCAUCAAGCAGUGGUUGGACUCCCAGGACAAGCCGCUGCUUGCUGUGCGGAUGCAAGGAACCACCACUCUUUGCUCUCCACUUGGAGACCUCUUCGUGGCUUUGUGCUGGUCUAGAGUGAGAAGCCAGGUGAAAGCAGAAAGCAAGGGCACAGCUUCUGCUGGGAUCCUGAGUUAAAAGGUAGAAGGCUCACUUCUUUCACUUGAGGAGCCCUCCCCACCACCUGCUCUGUGCUGGGCCUCAGACAAGAAGCUGGAGAGCACUGCUGGCUGCUGAACCUCUCUUGGGCAUCAAGAGCCACCGGCCAAUCACGACAGUGCCGCGGGGCUGGCAGACAGGGCUCGAACGCUCAUCUCCACGCUGGGCAGGGUUGCUGGCAUCAGAGUUGGUCUUGGUGUGACAGUCUCACAGCUGUCUCCAGCCCUCGAAGAGAGGAUCUGCUCUGCUCCAAACCCCACCUCGACUCUUGCUCUGUCGUGCAUCCCUUGGCAGCUGAUCUAGGCACAGAAGAUGGAUGGUCCAGAGCUGAACUGGCUGGUGAAUGGUUCCUUUCCACUGGGCACUGCUCGGUAUCCUGAGCUCAGACUUGACCUGCUCAACAGGAAAGGUUCCUGCCUGCAGCUGGCUGCCACGAGGAACGUCAACAUCAUCCUGCAGCACUACAACUUCUCAGGCAAGCUCACCAACCGGCAGUCUGGGGAUGAGGGCAUGGGUCUUGUCCGCACAACCUUUGCCGUUAUCAGCUGCAUCAUCAUCCUGGAGAACCUGCUCGUGCUGCUGGCCAUCCUGCGGUGCCUACGAGCCCGACGCUGGGUCUACUCCUGCAUUGCCAGCAUCACCGUCAGCGAUCUGCUGGCAGGAAUUGCCUACCUUUCUAAUCUCUGCCUCUCGGGCAAGAAGACCUUCCAGCUUUCCCCUCAGCUCUGGUUCCUGCGGGAAGGCAUCCUCUUCAUUGCGUUGGCUGCCUCCACCUUCAGCUUGCUCGUGACUGCCAUCGAGCGCUACAGUGCCAUGGUGAGGCCCAUCGCUGAGAACGAAGCCAGCAAGACCCUGCGCUUACGUGGCCUGAUCGUCUCCUGCUGGCUGUUGGCCUUCAUCAUCGGACUGCUUCCGCUGCUGGGCUGGAAUUGCCUGUGUGACUUCAAUGCCUGCUCUGUCCUUCUGCCUCUCUACUCCAAGAACUACGUCCUUUUCUCUGUCGUAAUGUUCAGCAUCAUCCUCCUGGGGAUCAUCGGCCUCUACAUCUCCAUCUUCCAGCUGGUCCAGGCUAGUUCUAAGCAAACCAGUUCUCGGCACAGCCGCAAACGGUCGCUGCGCUUGCUCAAGACUGUGUUGAUGAUCUUGGGUGCCUUCAUCAUCUGUUGGAGCCCUCUCUUUGUCCUGUUGCUUUUUGACUUCUUCUGUGAGACUCAGGCAUGCACUCACCUCCACAGCAUGGACUGGACCUUGGCUCUGGCCAUGCUUAACUCGGGCAUUAACCCCAUCAUUUACUCCCUCCGGAGCGUGGAGGUGCGCCGUGCGGUGGGAAGCCUGCUGUGCUGCUGUUGUGUCAGGAUUGGGCUUUGCAAGCCUGGAAACUGCUUGGUCAUCACAGACAUCAACUCCGGCUCAUCCACAGAGAGCUCCUUGCGCUACCGUGAGAGCUUCCGUGGCUCCGUAGUGCUGAACGCCCGACCCAGAGCACCUCUCUCCAGCAACUCCAGUAUGAUGAGCAAUCUCCCCAGCUACUGAGAGGCCACGGGGAGAGAAGCAGAUGCCAGGCAGCCCAAAAGGACCUCAUGCUCCUGGGCUUGGCCUGGCAGAACUGUAGUCUACACACAGCUCAUGGUGACCACGUGCAGCCCCACCACGGUUGUGGACAGUGGCCAGGAUUCCCGGUGCCUUCAGGCUGGGAUGUUGCUUAUGUAUGGAUGCAGCACAGGGACAGGCAUUGCUCCUAGGAUUGGAGUGAAGAAUAAUGGACUGAGGGCAGUCCUGAAGAGAAGAACUUGGGGGUGUUGGUGGAUGAAAAGCUCAACAUGAGCCGACAAUGUGGACUUGCAGCCCAGAAACCAACCGUGUCCUGGGCUGCAUCCAGAGCAGAGGGACCAGCAGGGCCAGGGAAGGGAUUCUGCCCCUCUGGUGAGAUCCCACCUGGAGCCCUGUGUCCAGUUCUGGAGUCCUGAGCACAGGAAGGACAUGGAGCUGUUGGAGCGAGUGCAGAGGAGACCACGGAGAUGAUCCGAGGGCUGGAGAACCUCCUGUAGGAGGACAGGCUGAGAGAGUUGGGGUUGUUCAGCCUGGAGAGGAGAAGGCUGUGGGGAGACCAUAGAGCAGCUUCCAAUGCUGAAAGGGGCUCCAGGAAAACUGGGGAGGGGCUCUGGAUCACGGAGGGCAGGGAUAGGAUGAGAAGGAAGAGUUUUGACCUGAAAGAGGAGAGAUUGAGAUGAGGUCUUAGGAAGAAAUGUUUUGCUGUGAGGGUGGGGAGGCCCUGGAACAGGUUGCCCAGAGCAGUGGUGGCUGCCCCAUCCCUGGAGGGGUUCCAGGCCAGGUUGGAUGGGGCUUGGAGCCCCUGAUCCAGUGGGAGGUGUCCCUGCCCAUGGCAUGGGGUGGAACUGGAUGGCCUUGGAGGUCCCUUCCAACCCAACCCAUCCCACGGUUCUAUGAUGCAGGCACAUGCUGGGAUCGAUGCUCUGCUCAGACAGCGCCUGUGCCUGGUUAGAAGCGGCCCCCGCUGUGUGUGUGCAUGCGUACAGACGUGUUCCUGCCCAGAGGGGCACAGGGGGGUGGGUCUCCCCCACCCAGUUGCCCCCCCUUGGGACCAGGCUGGGCUCACAGCGCUGCCACCACACAUCAUGCAGGGCUGGAAACCAUCCUUGAGCCUUCUCCUGCAGCUGACGGCCUCCUGGAUCUGCCAAUGGCAGGCACAGCUGCUGGAAAAGGAUGCAGGCGCGACGUCUGUCCAGCGAGUCGAGAAAAAGGGGUUUGUAAGUGCAAAUAACCCUUGGUUGGGGUCAUUCCCUUAAGCCAGUGAGGAAUCGGAGCAGCACCCCAGUGUCUCCCCUCGCUGCGCACGGAGCCAAAGCCACCCAAGGAGAUAAAAUCACCCAUGCACGGGGGAGGAGAGGCUGCUGGCACCGUGCAGCCCCUCGGCGGGAGGCGCUGAGCUCCCAGCCCUGCAAUAAAUUAAAGAUUGUUCUGCAAUAA